GGGAGGGGGCGGGGCGUGCCGUGACCGGCCCUGCAGGCGGCGCCCGGCGGGGAACGCGUCGGGAGCGCACAUGGCGGAGCCGCGCGUGUUCCCGUUGCGCUGCCCGGUGAGGAACUACGCCUGGGGGCAGCGCGGGCUGCGCAGCGCCGUGGCACAGCUGGUGGCCAGCGGGGACCCCGCGGCGAGCGUCGAGCCCGAGCGGCCCUACGCCGAGCUAUGGAUGGGCGCCCAUCCCAGCGGCGACGCCGAGGUGUUGGAUGGCCGUGACCCCCCGCGGUCGUUGGGCUCCUGGCUGGCCGAGCACCCCGCCUGCCUGGGCCCCAAGGUGCGCGACGCCUUUGGCGGCCGCCUGCCCUUCCUCUUCAAGGUGCUGUCCGUCCGCACCGCCCUCUCCAUCCAGGCGCACCCCAACAAGGAGCUGGCAGCCAAGCUGCACGCCCAGUUCCCCCAGCACUACCCCGACGCCAACCACAAACCCGAGAUGGCCAUCGCCCUCACUCCCUUCGAGGGGCUGUGCGGCUUCCGGCCCGUGGAGGAGAUCGCCGCCUUCCUGCGGGCCGUCCCCGAGCUGCGGGCGCUGGUGGGUGAGGUGGCAGCUGAGCAGCUGGAGCGCAGCGCCAGCCACGAUCCCCGCGGCGUCUCGGCCGCCCUGCGUGUGUGCUUCACCUGCCUGAUGAAGAGCGAGAAGGAGGUCUUCGGGAAGCAGCUCGGCCUGCUGGUGGAGAGGAUUUCCCAGCAAGCGGCCAAAGGGCAGGACACAUCUGCAAGCAAUGGGGAGCUGCUGCUGCGCCUGCACGCUCAGUUCCCCGGGGACAUCGGCUGCUUCUCCAUCUACUUCCUCAACGUGGUGAGGCUGGAGCCCGGUGAGGCCAUGUUCCUGGCGGCCAACGAGCCCCACGCCUACCUGCAGGGAGACUGUGUGGAGUGCAUGGCGUGCUCAGACAACACGGUGCGUGCCGGCCUCACCCCCAAAUUCAUUGACGUGCUCACGCUCUGUGAGAUGCUCAACUACACGCCAGCACCCAGCAGCUCCAAGAUCUUCCCGGCUGUGCAGAGCCCGCUGGACCCCUGCGUCUUCAUCUACGACCCACCUGUGCCUGACUUCACGCUGAUGAGGAUAGAGAUUCCCUCCUCAAUCAAGCUCUACCUCAUCUCUGCACUGGACUCUGCCAGUAUCCUGCUGGUGAUCCAAGGUACGGCCAUGGGCACCUCUACAGCUGCUGCGUCUGAAAUGACCCUGCGCCGGGGCUCCGUGAUCUUCAUCUCUGCCAACGAGAGCAUCUCCCUUCACCUGUCCUCAUCCGAGGGGAUGCUGCUUUUCCGAGCCUGCUGCCUGCUCUGAGCAGGAUCCCCAGCAUCCUCGCACGCCAGGGUAGAUAGAAACCAAAGUAGGCUUGGUCAGUAGCUCAGAAGUCACCCCAAAAAUGAAACUCAAAGCAACCUGCAUCCAGUUUCUAGAAGAAGCAACUCGCACUCCUCUGCUUUCUGAACCAGCUCUUUGGGGCUGAGACGCUCAUGUCCCCAUAGUGUCACAGCCUCUAGGGCCAGUCCUUACCAGUGCUGCUAACACCAUACGACAAUUAUUUAUGUUUUGUUUGGUGUUCUGGUGUUUGUUGGGUUCUUCUAGGAACCGCUGCUUACGCCUGUGAAUGUGAUGCUGAGGCUUCUACCGGGAGGAAGGAGAUUUGGGAUCAGCUGGGUGCUGGGUGUCCCCUUGUCCACCUGCCAAUGGAGUGGCUUCAUGGGGCAGUGGGGUCUGGAGGUCCUCAGAUGACCGGUGCUAUGAAUAAAGUGGUGACUUUGUCCUCA